UCGCGGGGACAUUUGAUAGGGCUUUUAGAGAACAACUGGCGCAAGCGUGGUAAACGGACCACGAAAAGGAGACUUCAAAGAUAUUCCUCUAGAGGGAACACGACGCCUUCAAACCAAAGCCCUACGUUGCACGGAGCCUCCUUUCAUCGGUGGGCAAGGUGCUUCUUCGAGUUGGGCCCUGGUAGCGCAUUCUGGCCAAGCGCCGAUCGACCCGGCGCAACUUCGCUGUUGAACCUGCUGGGCUGCAGCGAGCACCUGCCGCACAUCGUCACAUCGCGCCGAUAUCCUCUUCCGCUUCCACUCCUCCCGUCCAACGCCACACUACGAUAGCCCAUGGCAGCCAACGCAUACCCUGGCACUCCCGUCGUCGAGGAGUUCAAGGGUGGAGACAGCCAUGCCAUCCUUGUCCAGGUCAAGGCGGCAUACGAGCAUGAUGUCGCACGCGUCCAAGAUUUUGUCUUCGAUGAUGCCGUUGCUGUCGGAACGGCGUCAUGUAGUCAUGACGACCGCCAGGAACCUUAGCAACAGGAUUGACGCGCGAUCAGCGCGCCCAAGCCGCCAAGUAGCACCCCGGAGUCUGUGGAGUCUACCAUGCGGCGGCGAUCGCUGGCGUCAGCUACGCGGAUGUGGCCGCUACUGCAAAGAGGCGUGGUGUUGGCGUCACGUUCAAUGUCUUCCGCAAUCAGUGUCGCUUCGAUGCAGCAAAGAAGCUUGGUGCGGCUGGGAUGGGCGUCCAACUCGCUCGCAAGGAGUGCUUUACACAAGCAUGCAGGGCUGUUUAUCCCGGGAAUGGUACGCCGGAGCCAUGGGUGGAAACAGCAUUCAGCUCUGAAAAUGCGUAGUGGUCGAUACUUUCAGGCGCGAAAGGGGUGGUGCCUAACGUGCAUAAAAAAAGAAUGUGUAGCAGAAUAAGUGUGUGCAGUUGGAUUAGAGAUGCACCGGAUAGGCAUGCCUCGCUUUUUGUCCCGCGCAGCUGGGAGUGGGGAGUGGGGGUGUCUACUCUCCUGGCGUUGCAUAAGAUUUUGGGAGAGGGCAAUGUUCUAGAGAGAGCAACUGGUGCAGCCGUGGUUCUUAUCCGUGAGCAAACGCCCUAAACGUGGUAUGUAUGAUGGCAUAAUUGGGUGGCGCGUUUGAAAGAAUGCUGAUAGGGUCUAGCGAAUGCAGAUGUCAACAAGAGAGAGCGGCCGAGGUUUGCUGUAGUGGACCGUUUGGUGGCCGUUAAGAGAACAGCAGGGCACAACCGAGUGCUCAACAAACGUGGUUCGAUCUUUACGCAAUAAAUAGCCCAGCAAAAAAUGUUUAAUGUAUCGUUUGUGUUAAUGAAGCCUAUGUAGACAACCUGCCUGUGCGUGCCCCAACGAAUUUGACCGAUGUAGGGGGAGCUGAAUGCCUGAGGUCGGGCCAAGAGUUUUCAGUACUAUAUGAAGCAGCUAACAGCAAGCUUCGCCCUCCCCCCGAAACACAAAUUUGUGACUGUUCGUGUUUGAUAGAACCGCGAUGGUUCUUGUCUGCGA